AUGAGGACCCGCCCCAACAGCCUUGGUCUCGGGCAGGCACACUCCUCCAACAGUGACCCGGCCUAUGCCCCGUUUAUCAACCAAUCCCCCCCACAGACAAAUGGGAAUGACCAAAGUGUUGACGAUGCAGCUAAUGUUGCCACGAAUCCUCUGCUAGAACUUGCACAUGAUCUCGGUUACGACGAUACGUUUCCAGGGUCAGUUGAAGAGCGAUCUAAUCCGACACCUGAUGAGAGGGUCGCCCCGCCGAAUCCCAUCGUUACACCACGGACAGAGGACGAAAUGCUUGUUCCUGGGACUGAGCUCCCACGUAGCAUGUCAGUUGAGCAGGAGGUGGCGAGCAAGAGUCAAGCUGAGACUGGGGGUCCUACUGUACCCACUCUACUAUGA